CCCGCCAUCUUGGAUCCCGUGGUAGCGGCGGCGGCGGCGUAGCGCCGCGUCUGGGGAGAGGCUGUCCUCUCCCCCCGCUCGGUGGCGGCGGCUCCUCCCACGGGGGGGUGGUGCGACGGCGGUGGCAUCCGCGGCCAUGGCGGCGUCUGCUGCUAACCCUGAAUUGACACCAGAUGUUCCAUCCCUGGGUCCAGCCAUUGUCUCUGGGAACCCUGGGGCUGGGAUUCAAGGUGGAGGAGCAGUUGUCCAGAGGGCUAUUAAACGUCGACCAGGGUUGGAUUUUGAUGAUGAUGGAGAAGGGAACAGUAAAUUUUUGAGGUGUGAUGAUGAUCAGAUGUCUAAUGAUAAAGAACGGUUUGCCAGGUCGGAUGAUGAGCAGAGCUCAGCGGAUAAAGAGAGACUCGCCAGGGAAAAUCAUAGUGAGAUUGAACGGCGGCGACGGAAUAAGAUGACAGCCUACAUCACAGAACUGUCAGAUAUGGUACCCACCUGCAGUGCCCUGGCUCGAAAACCAGACAAGCUGACCAUCUUACGCAUGGCAGUUUCUCACAUGAAGUCCUUACGAGGAACUGGCAACACAUCCACCGAUGGCACCUAUAAGCCAUCUUUCCUCACUGAUCAGGAACUGAAACAUUUGAUCUUGGAGGCAGCAGAUGGCUUUUUGUUUAUUGUUUCCUGUGAGACAGGGCGGGUUGUAUAUGUCUCUGAUUCCGUCACCCCUGUUUUGAACCAACCACAGUCUGAGUGGUUUGGUAGCACACUCUAUGAUCAGGUGCACCCAGAUGAUGUGGACAAACUUCGUGAACAGCUUUCUACUUCGGAAAAUGCCCUGACAGGGCGUAUACUUGAUCUGAAGACUGGAACAGUGAAAAAAGAAGGUCAGCAGUCUUCCAUGAGGAUGUGCAUGGGCUCACGGAGGUCAUUCAUUUGCCGAAUGAGGUGUGGCAAUAGCUCUGUGGACCCCAUCUCCAUGAACAGACUGAGCUUUGUGAGGAACAGAUGCAGGAAUGGACUUGGCUCUGUGAAGGAGGGGGAACCUCAUUUUGUGGUGGUCCACUGCACAGGCUACAUCAAGGCCUGGCCUCCAGCAGGUGUCUCCCUUCCAGAUGAUGACCCAGAGGCUGGCCAAGGUAGCAAGUUUUGUCUAGUGGCCAUUGGUAGAUUGCAGGUAACUAGUUCUCCAAACUGUACAGACAUGAAUAAUGUUUGCCAACCAACAGAGUUUAUCUCUCGACAUAACAUUGAGGGGAUUUUCACUUUUGUGGAUCACCGUUGUGUGGCUACUGUUGGCUACCAGCCUCAGGAACUCUUAGGAAAAAGUAUUGUAGAAUUCUGUCACCCUGAAGAUCAGCAGCUUCUAAGAGACAGCUUCCAACAGGUGGUGAAGUUGAAAGGCCAAGUGCUGUCUGUCAUGUUCCGAUUCCGUUCCAAGAAUCGAGAAUGGCUCUGGAUGAGAACCAGCUCCUUUACUUUCCAGAACCCUUAUUCAGAUGAAAUUGAGUACAUCAUCUGUACCAACACCAAUGUGAAGAACUCUAGUCAUGAAGCCCGGCCAACACUGACCAACACAAUUCAGAGGCCACAGCUGGGUCCCACAGCUGGUUUGCCCUUGGAACUAGGCACAGGCCAGCUGGCUCCUAGGCAGCAGCAGCAGCAGACAGAAUUGGAUGUGGUACCAGGAAGAGAUGGACUAGCCAGCUACAACCAUUCCCAGGUUUCUGUCCAGCCUGUCAGCACCACAGUCCCCGAGCAUAGUAAGCCCCUUGAGAAGGCAGAUGGUCUGUUUGCUCAAGAUAGAGAUCCAAGAUUUUCAGAAAUCUACUCCAGUAUUAAUGCAGAUCAGAGUAAAGGCAUCUCCUCCAGCACUGUCCCUGCCACCCAACAGCUAUUCUCCCAGGGCAACACAUUCCCUCCUACCCCCCGGCCGGCAGAGAAUUUCAGAAGCAGUGGUCUGGCCCCUCCUGUAACCAUCGUGCAGCCAGCAGCCUCUGCAGGGCAGAUGUUGGCCCACAUUUCCCGCCACUCAAAUCCCACACAGGGAGCAGCUCCAGCUUGGACCUCUAGUACCCGCCCAGGCUUCUCAGCCCAGCAGGCUGCAGCCAAGACUCGGACUUCCCAGUUCGGGGCAGGCAGCUUUCAGACCCUGGCGUCCUUCAGCAACAUGUCCCUUCCGGGUGCUCCUGCUACGUCCCCUGGUACUGCUGCCUACCCCAGUCUCACCAGUCGUGGAGCCAACUUUGGUGGGUUGAGCCUCAGAAGAAGAGGAACACUGACCCUGCAGAGAGAAGGAUCUGCUCCUGAAACUGGACAGACUGCAGGACAGUUCCAGACACGGACAGCAGAGGGUGUGGGUGUCUGGCCACAGUGGCAGGGCCAGCAGCCUCAUCAUCGCUCAAGUUCUAAUGAGCAACAUGUUCAACAGGCAUCCGCACAACAGCCUGGCCAGCCUGAGGUCUUCCAGGAGAUGCUGUCCAUGCUAGGAGACCAGAGCAGCAGCUACAACAGUGAAGAGUUUCCUGAUCUAACUAUGUUUCCCUCCUUUUCCGAAUAGAACUGUUGGGGUGAGGACAAAGGAGUGGGGGAGAAAAAUCACCAUUUAUUUUUAAAAAUCAAAUCUUUCUGUAAACAGAAUAAAAAUUGCUCUCCCUUCCCUCCCCUCACCCCUGACAUGUACUCGAUCCCUGCUGCCUCUCAGAGACAUCUCUCAGAUGCUGAACUGAAUGGAUCCUCAAGGCUUUGUGGACCCUGGGAAAAACAAGGCUGGGCAGUGUCAAGAAUGCCUUUCCAGCUGCCAGACCAGAAGCUUGUGCUGUAAUGGUUUAUAUUAGGGUCCGGUAAAGCACCUAGAUUCACUCUGUACCUUGGAUACUGAGGCGGUGGGAGGUUGAAAGAAAUUCUCAAUAAGAUGGAGAGAAGAGCAUUGUCCUCAUAUUUGAGGUCCAUGCAACAUGGGACAUACCUGAGGCUUAAGAGUGAGCACAGCCACUUCUGCUGCAUGUGAGCAGUGCCCUGAGAAAGAGAGAAAGAGAAUGAGCGAGCGAGCGAGUGUAUGAAUGACUGUGAAUGUCUGUUUUUCUGUUGAUUUCCUCCUUCCUAUUUGGGAGUUAUGCAAAAUUUGUCCCAGAUUUUGUCUUUGUCUUUCUUUGUGUUUUUUGAAGAGUCCUAAGGAGUUAAAUCUUCCAGAUAUUUUUCCACUUAGCAUUGCAGCCAAAAGAAUAUUUAAAUAAGUAUCUUUGCUGCACUUUGGAUUAUGCCUAGAUAAUAUGCAACUGUAAUAAAUUUCUAGUAUUCUGCUGAUCUGGUUGAUCUCUCACUGAACACAUUCAGUGAUAAAGCUGGGUCACUCCUGCUUCUGGUGCUGCUCUUCUCAUAUAUGGAAGAUCUGCAAAUACGAUAAACACUUUAAGAAACCCCAGACCUGGCCAGAUGGAUAAUGCUGCGGUUUUUGUCAGUCACUUACAGUGUGUGUUUUGUAGUAAUUUCUGCAUGGAAACUCAACUUCUUAUUUGGGGGGGAGGGUUUUUUGUGUGUGGCUUUUUUUUUUUUUUUUGUCACUGCUUUUGGUCACAUUUUUUGGCAAUGCUCAGGGGUUCCUCUUGUCUCUGCACUCAGGAAUUACUCCUGGUAGUGCUGGGGGACCAUAUGGGAUGCCGGGGAUUGAACCCAAGUCGGUUGCAUGUAAAGCAAAGGCCCUACAUCAUAUUAUUGCGCCUGCCCCCGGAAACUCAAUUUCUUAGGUUAGCAGUCCCAGUGGAAAUCCUCACUGCUGGAGUCUACACCAAAUAUCAAGUGUAAGAGCUUGCAGAGCAGUGUCUUUCAUUGUGUUCUGAAAGGAUCCAGCCUGGCAUAAACAGAUAUAGGUCUCUUCAGAGCCUACAAUUCUUUUCUGGGAUUGAAUUUCACAUUCUGGUGCCAAUGUUAACUAUGUGAUCCAUGCGGCCUGGACUCCCAUCCUGAUAGGGUCAAGGAGCAAAUUGUUACAGCCAUAGAAAUGCAGCUCCGGUUUCUGCUCUCCUUACUUUCCCCAGGUAACAGUCACAUGUUACCACCCUUCUUCCCCCUUCUCCCUUCCCUGCAAUUGGUUCCGUCAGUAUCUUAAGUGCAAGUCUCAGCAGUAAAUGUAGCCAGAGGGGACUGAGGAACAGAAGAUGUCAGUACUGGGUCUCGUUCUCUUCGUCUUCAAUCUAGUGUCAGGUAAUGGAGUGGAAAGGAUACAGUUUAUUUUUGAAUUCUAUGUGCACACAUACCAUGUACAAAUAUAUUUAUAUCACAAUUUUAAGAAACCAAAAAGUUGAGUUUCCAGUGGAAUUUUUUUUUAAUAAUCAUUUUUAAAUGUGAUCAGGACUAUAAUAUUGUACAGUUUUUACAGGACUUUGGUGGGUAGGUGGAGAAGAUGCUCUGGGGAUUUGUUUCUGCUUUUCCUUCAGGGUUUUAUUUUUGAUUGUUUUGUUCUUGUUGGCCAUUUCUGUACUGCUGGCAUUGUGCCGAGCCUUACAGUGGCAAAAAAUAAUGACAUGUAACAAAGAUUUUAAAACAAAAUAUUUUCCUUUUGUAUA